AUGGACCACAGAUCGUCCUAUCGUCACUAUGACCGUCCCGGCUCACACGCUCCCGACUCGUACCCAAUAGAUGAUCCCUACGAUCGAUCCAGGAAGCGCGCACGCUCUCCCUCUCCUUCCUACUACCGCGAUCAGAGGCGUACCAGCAGCUACAACGAAUAUCCCGCCUCGGCAGAUCCCUGGGAUCGUCCUUCCAGAGACUAUCGCGAUCCAUCUCCUUAUGCGUCUCGUCCAUCUGCCUACGACAACUACCGCCCUUCCGACCCGUACGAAGACCGAUCAGAACGCAGCCGUACCGCAGAAUGGGAUCGCUACUAUCGCGACCGCGAGCGAGACAUCCGCGACCACGACUACCAUCCCCCUCCUGCUUACGACGAGCGCGACCGAUACGACGCCCGCUCCAGGUACGACGAUCCGCCUCCGGCCGACAGGGAUGACCGCACUCGUCACCGUGAUCGCGAACGCGAACGCGAACGCGAACGUGAUCGGCCCUACCCUCCCUACGACUCUCACUACCGCAGAGACGAUCCCGCCCACCCUUCGGAUGCGCCCUCCAAACCCCACUUGGAGUUUCAAUCAGCUCCAGACCCCAUGCAGUCUGACUCCCUCUUGCAGUUUCGUCAAUACGCUCAAAUGAUCAGGGCCGCUCAUCCUUCCGCCCGCGAUCGCUCCAUCGACCAGCCCUCCACACAGGAGCUCUACGACGGUUACCAAGCCUACAAGGCGGCCUUCAACAAGAAGGCCAUGGCCGUCUUCUUUGAUCAGCGCAACCACGAAGCUUGGUUCAAGGAAAAGUAUUCGCCCGCUCAACCCUGGCUCGACGCCAGAAACCAACGCAAACGUGCUGCCCGUGCCGACAAGAAGAACACCUGGCUCCAAGAGCUUGACCAAGGCAAGCUUGACAAGCUCACUUACGACAUCCAGGGCUCCGACCAGCCAGACUCGUAUCGCGACGCCUCCAACAACCCUUACGACGCCGACGAUAACCACCGUGGCCGGUCCGAGCCAAACGACAUCACGCUCCUCUCGCGAUAUGGUGAGCCCGAAGUCUUGCACGCAGAACAGGCCGUCAUCCCCGCCUGCAAUCACCAAAUCCUCGUCAAAACCUAUCCGGCUGACCUCGAAAGGGAAAAGCUCGAAGAUGUCCUCAAAACCAAGCCAGGCUUCCGCUAUCUGGCUCUCGGCGAGCCACACGUAGCCAAGCGGUGGCAUCGUGUCGGCUGGGCCAUGUACGAGCCAGGCAUUGACAUGGAAGACACACUUAACGCACUUCAAGGCAAAGACGUCGACGGCUUCGCUCUCAACCUCGCUCCAUGCACAAAACCUACGUCGAGCAGACUGCGCACCGUUCCCGAGUAUGCCAACUCCUUCCAUCGUCUUCUCACUGAUCUCAAACAUUGCAGGCAGCUGCUCGAGCGCUUCGAGAUCGAGGAUCGUGACGUGCUCUUCCGCGACCAGCCAGAGUCCGAUGCAACAUCAGACACAAAGUCUUGGCUCCAUGUCAGUGGCUCCGAGGUGAUCUUGCAACGCGUCAGGCACAUCGAGCCUGAGCUGCUCGAAGACGAUCUCGAUCGUGAAUACGAUGCCGACGAGGACGUUGAAAAGCGCGAACACCGUCGUUCAGCCAUCAAGAAGCUGCUCGAUCUACACCUCGACCUGCUGCGUACCGUCUACCACUGCGACUACUACAUCUCGCUCGUCUGCGAAUUUGAAGAAGAGCUCCUGCGUCGAAGCCCCCGUCACGCAAGAAAGCAGCCUCCUCCGGGCGUGCUCGUGGAGGAGCCGCGCGACAACUCGAACGACGAAUCCUGGGCACGCAGCGUCGAUCAAAAGACCAGCUUGCUCCUCGCCGAUGACAAGACCGACCUGACCGAGUGGGGAGGCAAGGAUGUCAACGCCGAACUCAUGGCUGCCGCCCUGCCCUUCAUCAAGGAGGAGGAUUCGGAAAAGCACCGCUGCACCGUCACCGUCAACGACGCGCAGUGCGGCAAACUCUUCAAAGCUGCCAUCUUCGUGCAGAAGCACGUGCUCAACAAGCAUCGCGCUUUCAUCGAAUCCGCAGCUCGCGAGGCGUUGGACGAAGCCAGAUUUUUCAACAAUUACGUGCGCGAUCCCAGCCGCGCCACCACUCAGCUGGGUGCAAACCUGAAAGAUUCGUCCGGCGGUGGUGGAGCUCUGGCACAGCGUCUGGACGGCAACGGUCAUGGUGGUGGUUCUAAUGGCAUGUUCAACAGCGGUGGCAGGAUGGGUAUGAUCCGAUUUGGCAAUGCCAGUGUGGCCGAUUCGCCGAGGAGGGGCGGCAAUGGUGGAUCGGGAGGUGGUGCUGCGUUGGGGAUGCGACUGGGAGGUGUCGUGGCGGCAGAUUCGCCUGCGGGAACACCGAUCAAGCUGGAUCCUCUGCCGCCCGCGCCCAAACCGCUCGACCCGAGGGCGCAACGUGCCGCGCCCAAGAGCUAUCAGGACUUGGACGGCGCUGCUGAAGGCGACGUUGAUCUAGCGUAUUGA